AUGCCGCCACCUAAAUUAAGUAAGAAUAUUAAAUCAAUCCAGGGAGUCAGACUCGUCGGUUCAUCAUCCACUUGGGAUAUCAAACUCGAGUACCCCUCAGACUCUCACGGCACAAUCACAUCAAUCACCCCGCACGAGUCUUCCGGAGAUGACAUCCCACCUCCCUUCGCUUUACCGGCCCUGACUCACCCACAUAUUCAUUUGGACAAAGCGUUUAUUCAUAAUGCACGUGAAUAUUCCCAUCUUCUACCUUGCACGGGCACUUUCCAAGAAGCCUUGUCUUUUACCACCAAGGCCAAAGAGAGCUUUACCGAAGCCGACCUUCUGAAAAGAGGGGAGUGGUUAUUAGCCGAGUCUGUUUCCUCGGGAGUCACGGCGAUGAGAGCUUUUGUGGAGGUCGAUCAUACGGUCCAGUUGACCUGCUUAAGUGCAGCAAUUACGCUUAAGAGCCAAUGGAGCGAGGCCUGUCACAUUCAAAUUGCUUGCUUCGCCCAAGACCCCAUUUUCUCCAGCGAAUACGGAGAAGAAAACCGCACCCUGAUCGAAAAGGCUCUGGAAACCUAUCUGGAGAUCGACGUCCUGGGAACCACGCCCUACGUGGAAUCCAGCGUGGAGGCUUCAAAGAAGAAUAUCGAAUGGGCGAUCGAUCGCGCUUUACUCCUCGACAAACAUGUCGAUUUCCAUCUGGACUAUAAUCUGGAUCCCGGCAAGGAGGCACUCAUCUGGCAUGUGUUGCAGACACUGCAACAACGAGGCUGGACUGGUCGAACCACGCGGAGACGCGUGAUGCUAGGACAUUGUACGCGCUUAACCCUUUUGGCCGACGAAGAAUGGAACAAAAUAUCUCGCGUCAUCCAUGAGAACAAUCUCCCGGUGAGCUUCGUCGGCUUACCCACUAGCGAUCUAUAUAUGGCCGCGCCGCCGGGCCAAGGAGGUCCCCACCAACGGCCCAGGGGUACCCUUAGAGUUCCCGAACUGAUCCGCAAACACAAUCUGGAUGCAGUGAUCGGUGUCAACAAUGUCGGCAAUGCGUUUACGCCAUGGGGCUCUGCCGAUCCCUUAUUAUUGGCCUGUGUUGGGGUGGGGGUUUAUCAGGCAGGGGCACAGGAUGAUGCCAGACUUUUAUAUGAAUGCGUGUCCACUCGUGCCCGGGCUGCGAUUGGUCUUUCGGCUGAAACUAGUCUUAUUUUGCAACCGGGUAUUUGCCCGGAUCUUGUCCUCUUCCAUGAUCGAGACGACACCGGGUGUGGAAUAUCCCGCCCACGUACGAGCGUGGCUGAAGUGGUUUGGGAUCCACCGGUGCGAACUAGCAGAAGUUUUAUUACCAGCGGAAGACUGCAGGUUAGGCUUUCGGGUUUUGAUGAUGUGAAGUUUGAAUAUACAUGA